GGCACAUAACUGACUCAAGCAAGCUCAUCAUCUCGUUUGGAAGGAAGUCGCGCUUUGGCGAUAGUUGCACUAUAGAACACCAGCUUCAAAAUGAUCAAAAAUGGACAUCACCACCCCCAAGUGAACACACCAGCGGGGAAAGACGCAGGGACGACCCCCGGCGCUGCAGCUUGCAGUCCCGAGAAGAGGAGGCGAAGAAUCCGGGUGUGGUGCGAUGGAUGCUAUGACAUGGUCCAUUAUGGCCACUCUAACCAGCUGCGACAAGCCAAGGCCAUGGGAGAUUACCUCAUCGUUGGAGUACAUACAGACAGUGAAAUCGCAAAGCACAAGGGUCCGCCAGUCUUCACUCAGGCAGAGAGGUACAAGAUGGUGCGUGCCAUAAAGUGGGUGGAUGAAGUCGUAGAAGGAGCGCCUUAUGUCACUACCCUCGGGACCCUCGACAAGUACAACUGUGACUUCUGCGUGCAUGGAGAUGACAUCACACUUACGGUGGAUGGGAAGGACACAUAUGAGGAAGUGAAGAAGUCAGGACGGUAUAGGGAGUGUAAGAGAACCCAAGGAGUUUCAACCACAGACCUGGUUGGCAGAAUGCUGCUGAUGACCAAAGCACACCACAGCAACAUUGAUAGUUCUGACUACCAGCAACACACAGACAACUUUGGAAAGGGGUCACAUGGUCAGAAGGGCCAUAGUCCCUGGACAGGGGUGUCUCAGUUCCUGCAGACUUCACAAAAGAUCAUCCAGUUUGCUUCAGGCCAGGAGCCUCAACCUGGAGAUACUAUCAUCUAUGUGGCAGGAGCCUUUGACCUCUUCCACAUUGGCCAUGUGGACUUUCUGGAAGCAGUGCAUAAGCUUGCAGAAAAGCCAUACAUUAUAGUGGGGUUGCACUUUGAUCAGGAGGUGAAUCGUUACAAAGGGAAAAACUACCCCAUCAUGAAUGUCCAUGAGAGAACACUCAGUGUCCUGGCUUGUCGAUAUGUGUCAGAAGUGGUGAUCGGUGCACCCUUUGCUGUCACAAAAGAUUUGCUGGAUCAUUUCAAGGUGGAUCUUGUAUGCCAUGGAAAGACAGAAAUAUACCCUGACAAGGAUGGAUCUGACCCUUAUGCUGAGCCGAGGAGGAAAGGAAUCCUGCGUACUGUUGACAGUGGGAACAGCCUCACUACGGAUGCUAUUGUGCAGAGGAUAAUCAAAAACAGGCUACUAUUUGAAGCAAGGAACCAGAAGAAAGAGGCUAAAGAGAUUGCUGUGAUCCAGGCCAUGAAACGACAAGAGGAGGAAAAGACUAAAGAAAGAGCACAGGCUGUGUUGUAG